AUGGUAUAUGAAGCCAAGCCUUUUGACCCGCUCACUGUGAAAACCACAGGUAAAGACCGUGUGGCGUAUUUCUACGAUGCCGACGUUGGUUCUUUCAGCUACGGCUCUUCACAUCCGAUGAAACCACAUCGUAUCCGGAUGACACACUCACUAAUCAUGAAUUAUGGCCUCUAUAAGAAGAUGGAAAUAUACAGAGCCAAGCCAGCCACAAAGCAGGAGAUGUGUCAGUUUCAUUCCGACGAAUACAUCGAUUUUCUGUCGCGUGUAACGCCGGACAACCUAGAAAUGUUCCAAAAAGAGAGUGUCAAGUUCAACGUUGGUGAUGAUUGUCCUGUUUUUGAUGGGCUUUAUGAAUACUGUAGUAUAUCAGGAGGUGGUUCUAUGGAAGGUGCAGCGAGACUAAAUCGGGGCAAGUGUGACGUAGCGAUUAACUACGCCGGUGGCCUGCAUCAUGCAAAAAAGGCCGAAGCGUCUGGGUUCUGUUAUUUGAACGAUAUUGUUCUAGGAAUCAUCGAGCUUCUAAGGUAUCACCCAAGAGUACUAUAUAUUGAUAUCGACGUGCACCAUGGCGAUGGUGUAGAAGAAGCUUUCUACACAACUGACAGGGUCAUGACCUGUUCAUUUCACAAAUAUGGGGAGUUUUUUCCCGGUACGGGUGAGCUGCGAGAUACUGGAGUUGCCAAGGGUAAAAACUACUCUGUUAAUGUGCCACUGCGGGACGGUAUUGAUGACGCAACAUAUAAAUCGGUUUUCGAACCUGUGAUCGGAAAGAUCAUGGAAUGGUACCAACCAUCGGCAAUAGUCCUGCAGUGCGGUGGCGAUUCCCUGUCCGGUGAUCGACUGGGCUGUUUCAAUCUGUCAAUGCGUGGGCACGCUAACUGCGUGAGCUAUGUAAAAUCGUUCGGGAUACCUACCCUCGUGGUUGGUGGUGGAGGAUAUACCAUGAGAAACGUAGCCAGAACCUGGGCCUUCGAGACUGGCUUACUAAACAAUGUUAUUUUAGAUGAGGAGUUGCCUUACAACGACUACUACGAGUACUAUGGGCCGGACUAUCAACUUGAUGUCAGGCCUUCAAACAUGUUCAAUGUAAACACUCCCGAAUACCUCGACAAAGUGCUGACAGGCAUUUUUACUAAUUUGGAAAGUACCAAGUUUGCUCCAAGCGUUCAAAUGAACAAUGUCCCUCAUGAUCAGGAGGAUUUGGGGGAUGUCGAAGAAGACACUGAUGUUGCUAAGGACACCAGAGGUGGUUCCCAAUAUGCAAGGGAUCAGAUGAUUGAGAGAGAUGAUGAAUUCUAG